AGAGUUUGAAUAAUGAGCAUGCUCACUAGAAGCCGCUGAGCUGCAGUCACUGUUGUGUUUUACUGUCUGCAUCAGCUGGUUCCAUACGGGAAUAUUCGUCACCAGGAGGUAAAAUUACAUUAUUUUUAACCCAUACAGACUCCUUCUUUACCAGCUGAUUUCACCUUUUUCUGCCUAAACCUCAUCGUUUUUACACAAACCGGUAAGUGAGUGAUUAUAUUCACCGCUAUCAUCCACAGACAGUCCAAAUAGUAAACACAAAUGCGUUUGUUAAAUUGAUUAAUGGUGCGACAGAUUUUUUCAAGUAAUCUGAUCAGUGCAGUGUUAGUGAAACUACGUUUCCUCUGAUAUUUACUCUCAAUGUGCGGAUUUUUGUUUCAUUUGUUCAGUUUUUCUCGCUGAUUUCUGCGCAACAUUUGCGUAAAUUAGAUUUAAUCCUGCUGGUCUGUUUGGCUGUCUGCUGCCUCCCUCACCCUCCCUCCUCUGUCAUAUUUCCUCAUGUAUAAACCAAAAAAAAAUAUUUAAAGACCUAAUUUUUUAAAGUAGGCUGGUUAAAUAUAUUCGCACAUUCAGUCCCAGUGGUUCUGAAAACCCAGGCUGCUCAUUGAUUCUGGAUUUUCUGAACAAUUUACAGAAUAUUCUGGACAGGAACAACUAAAGUCUAAGACUUUUCUUUAACAAUCUGCUGUUUUCUGUGGAUUGCAGUCUGGAGGAGGAUCAGCAAUCAUGUUUUACACCUGUGGUCCCAACGAGGCAAUGGUGGUGUCAGGUAAGUCAUGCAUCAAAACCCCUCUCCACACCACCCUUAAACACAGACACACACCAUAACAAAUGAUAAACUAUUGUUGUUUUUUUUUCACUGUAUGUACCCAUUUGAAAGCUGUUUUUUUUUAAUUGGACAGAAUAUACUAAAUACUUGUGCAACUUUGGGCUUUAACAUAUUCUAAAUUGUCUCUAUUUUAACAGCAAAUCUUCCAAAAUGAGGAUUACUUUACAAGUUUGUUGUACAUGGCUGAUUUGCCAAAUGCUACAAAAGUUGUUUUUCUUUUGGACAUUCAAAAAGGUUCUUGAAAACUGUAAGCCUGUUUUUCUUCGUCUAGCACCAGUUAUUUUUAAACUGAAAGCUCGUCUCGCUCUUAUCUCUCCCAGGUUUCUGUCGUUCUCCUCCGCUGAUGAUCCCCGGAGGUCGUGUGUUCGUCAUUCCAUGCAUCCAGCAGAUACAGAGGUUGGAAAUACUCACAUUUCUUAAAGGGAUAUUCCGGCAUGAAAUUAAUUAAAACACACCGUAACGCUGAGUUAGACACCCCUCGAGAGAUGAAUGUUGGCGAACGCUUGCUUCUCUAGUUAUACCAACUUAGUAAUGACCGCACAAUAGCAAUACAGAGAGCCACAUGCUCAGUCAGAACGCCACUCUAUAGCUACAAAUAAUGCUCAGAACAGCACCUAACUUCAUCAACAGGACAUAUAGGGUCAGAGCCAUAGUACUAGCCACCAAACAUCUUUUUAACUUUGACUAAUUUCUUUAGCAAAGAGACUAAACACAACUCACCUACUCUCUUCCAGCAGCCGCUUGUUUGAGACCUCAGGUUAGUCCAUUACGGACUACAGCGGGGUUCCGCAGCUCAAGGAAGAACAUUUAUGAUCAUUUCUUUAUCAUUUCCUUGAAGUAAUAAUCAUCAUAUUAAUCAUUUUGCACUGCAGACGUGGUAGUUCUUCUGCCUUAGCAUCUCGGUCUGAUUGUAUUUCCAUGAAGAAAUGAUCAUAAAUGUUCUUCCUUGAGCUGCGGAACCCCGCUGUAGUCCGUAAUGGACUAGCCUGAGGUCUCGCUACAAACAAGUGACACACAUGAGGCCAGUUCAGGACACGUCGAUCUCUCAGUGAUUGUAGUUCACCUCAUCAUCUCAGACUUAAUGUUUUGUUUGCCUGAGUGCUGUUGUCGGCCUCAAUCCUGCACUUAUUCAGUCCUGCAUUUAGUACACCUGCAACUCAGCACAACACUAAGCGGAAAUGACUCCCCUUUAAUGCGUUUCGUUAGAGCAGCAGGUAAUCAAUAAAUAAUCGUCAUUUCCUCUGUGUCUUUUACUCUGCCUUCUCCAGGAUCUCUCUGAACACCCUGACUCUGAACGUGAAGAGUGAUAAAGUCUACACUCGCCACGGGGUGCCCAUCUCGGUCACCGGGAUAGCUCAGGUCAGUGGGGACAGGUCUGGAUUAACUUGUUGAGAAGGAAACUAAACAUUAUUAUUCACCUGAACACUAUCAUAGAUGCAGAUCUGUGUGUUUACUAAUGGCCCGGUCCUUCUCUUUUAGUGGUUACUGAACCAACAACGAAUUAGACGAUCAUGAAAAAGUUUGAUAUUUCCCACGGUUAUUGAAGGAAUUAAAUAUUUAACAUGUUUCAGACUCAUGACAACUUAAGUGUUUGAAGCAUUUGAGUAAAUCACUACUCAAACAGAAUAAAUACAGUGUUUCACUCAGUUCAGCACAGAUUAUGCAACUGUUAUUAUGGAGAAGACUGCUGACUAGACAGCUGACCAGAAGACGCUCGCUGACACCCGCCUCAGGGAGGGUAAGCCGCAGAAGGUCACUGCUGAAGAGGCUCAGCGCUGUAUCGAAGCAUUUUAAUGGAAAAUUGACUGAAAGGGAAAAUUCUGUUUGGAAAAAGUGCACAAGCACCAGGAAAGAUCACGACCCUGAGAUAAUUAUAAAAAAAAAAAGUAAUGUAAGAAGUUUGGAGAGUGGACUGAGACUGGAGUCGAUGCAUCCAGAGCCACCAUGCACAGAAGUCUUCAGAGACGGGGUUGUAACUGCUGCGUUUUCAAUAUCGUGUUCAUAUCCACACAGAGGAAUGGACUCUAUGAUGUUCAUGUUAGUGCUUCACUCUAGACUGUGUAUUGAACUACUCGCUGCUCCCUGCAGAUGAAGAUCCAGGGUCAGAACAAACAGAUGUUGGCCGCAGCCUGUCAGAUGUUCAUGGGGAAGUCAGAGGCAGAGAUCGCUCAGAUCGCCUUGGAGACGCUGGAGGGACACCAGCGGGCCAUCAUAGCCCACCUGACUGUGGAGGUGAGGAUCUGAGGGGUGUUUGUUUUCAUUUUAAUUCGGGUUUAACAACGUAUUAAAGGGGUAAUCCGGCGUAAAAUUAAUUUAGGGUCAAACACACCGUAACACCGAGUUAGACACCCUGUCGAGAGAUGAAUGUUGCCGACCGCUUGCUUCUCUAGUUACACCAACUUUAGUAACAACCGCAGGAUAGCAAUACACAGCUGUCUGAGGAGCCAUAAAAGAACCUCAACCAAAACGCCACUCUAUAGACACAAAUAAUGCUCAGAACAGCACCUAACUUCAUCAACAGGACAUAUAGGGUCAGAGCCAUAGUACUAGCCACCAAACAUCUUUUUAACUUUGACUAAUUUCUUUAGAAAAGAGACUAAACACAACUCACCUACUCUCUUCCAGCAGCUGCUUGUUUGUAGCGAGACCUCAGGUCAGUCCAUUACAGAUUGCUGUGGGGUUCCGCAGCUCAAGGAAGAACAUUUAUGAUCAUUAUUUCAUCAUUUCCUUGAAUUAAUAAUCCCCAUAUUUAUAAUUUUGCACUGCAGAAGUGGUAGUUCUUCUGCCUUAGCGUCUCGGUCUGAUUGCAUUUACAUGAAGAAAUGAUCAUAAAUGUUCUUCCUUGAGCUGCGGAACCCCGCAGCAGUCUGUAAUAUCCCUUUAAUGAAACCAUGUGACCCAGCUCACAUCAUGAAACCUGGGAGAUUUACUCCAUUUGGAUUUGUUUUAACUGAUUCAGUAAUUUUUGUCCAAAGUUAAAUUGUUCAUGUCAGUAAAAUAUCACGUCACCUUCUGCCUUCUGCCCCGACAGUAAAAAGUCAACAUCCCAGUUGAUAUAUAGUUUUUCUUUUAGGAGAUCUACAAGGACCGGAAGAAGUUCUCCGAGCAGGUUUUUAAGGUGGCCUCCUCAGACCUGGUCAACAUGGGCAUCAGUGUGGUCAGCUACACGCUCAAAGAUGUUCAUGACGACCAGGUAUCAGCAUUUUCCCACACGAGUUCUCAAAUCAGAACUUUUUAAAAUGGAUUGAUAAUUAACUUUUUAUUCAGAAAGAUACUGAAAAACUUCACACAGAGUAAUCACAAAGCAGCAAAGUGAAAUAUAAAGAAUUUAAAGCAUGCUGGAUUAAAUCUUUACCUGUUUUUUUUCCUGUGCAGGAUUAUCUGCAUUCACUGGGGAAAGCUCGGACAGCCCAGGUCCAGAAAGACGCUCGCAUCGGAGAGGCCAAGAACAAGAGAGACGCUGUGAUCAGGGUGAGAUAAGGAGGAUUUUAGCGUCACAUUUAAACAUCUUCAUCAAGUUUUUAAGAGUUUUGAUGUAAAUUUCCCUCCCACUUCUCUCUCUCUGUAUUUGCAGGAGGCCCACGCGAUGCAGGAGAAAGUGUCAGCUCAGUACAAGAACGAGAUCGACAUGGCGAAGGCUCAGAGGGACUAUGAGCUGAAGAAGGCGGCGUAUGACAUCGAGGUUAACACGAAGAAAGCUGAGUCAGAGAUGGCCUACCAGCUGCAGGUACACAAGAGAGGAAAAAAGUCACCUGGUUAUGUUUUCACUGGACAUGUGAGCAUGAUGUAUUAUUGGUAUGAAAGGGUGUCUAACAAAGUUUUUACCAAGAAGAGUGAGUUAUUCAGGAAAUGAGUUCAUGCCAGAAUCGUCCAGUUGUGAUCAAAACAAGGACUCCAGUGUGCGUUCAGUACUUCUAGAAAUUACAAAAUAUAGUGUGCAUUUUUCUAUCUUUCAUUACCAGGUAGCAAAGACUAAGCAGCGUAUCGAGGAGGAGAGGAUGCAGGUCCAGGUGGUGGAGCGGACGCAGCAGAUCAUGCUGCAGGAGCAGGAGAUCGCCCGCAGGGAAAAAGAGCUGGAGGCAAAGGUGAAGAAACCGGCGGACGCCGAGAGGUACCGUCUGGAGAAACUCGCAGAGGCUCAGCGGUGAGUAUACCAGGCUUUCGUCGUUUCUAUCCGUGUGAGUCAAGCGAAACUGAUAUGUGUGAGAAGAAUAGAUGGAUCUGUUUUGGCUUAAUGUUCCUCGACAUCUGCUUAAAAACAAGGUUGGACUGCAUAAUAAGAUCUGUGCUGACUUUUAAUGACACUAAAACAAUUAUUAAUGCCUUUAUUUCCCCAUGAUGAGUUUACUGCAAACAAGAAAUCAAACAGCAGCAAGACUUUAGUCAGGGUCGAACACACGGUAACGAGUAAGACACCCCCUAAAGAGAUGAAUGUUGCCGACCGCUUCCUUCUCUAGUUAUACCAACUUUAGUAACGACCGCACGAUAGCAAUACACAGCGGUCUGAGGAGCUAUAAACAAACCUCAACCAAAACGCCACUCUAUAGACACAAAUAAUGCUCAGAACAGCACCUAACUUCAUCAACAGAACAUAUAGUACAGUAACUCUGUGUUACUGUGUGUUUGACCUUAAAUUAAUUUUACACCAGAAUAUCCCUUUAAUUAAUCAGUGAAUUUUUGCACGUAAAUCUGCUUCAGUUAAGCUGAAACUCUUAUGUUGGUCAGGCUUUGAAGCAGGUUUUUUACUGCUACUGUUCCCACAGAUGUGAGAGAUGAUUUAAAAAAAAGAUCGUUGGGUAAAUUAAAAAAAGACAAAUGCAGGUCAAGGUUGAUUUUGUCCUCACCUGUCAACUUUUUCCAGCCAUCAUUAAACUGAGUCUAGCAAACAAAGUCAGUCGAAUCAUCAUUGAGGUUGAAACUCCCUCAUGUUUUCGUAUCGUUCGUGUUAUUCUUGUAUUUUAGUUAUGGUUCCCUUUUAGCUGAGCUGUCUUUGUCUGACUCUGCAUUUCCCUCUCUCUCUUUCGCUGUCUCUGUCUUGGUCCAGUCUGAAGUUGAUAAUGGAGGCAGAAGCAGAGGCCGAGUCCAUCAGGGUGAGUCAUUGAUCAUUACAGCUGAAUUUAAACUCAGCCGUCUCAUCUCUCUGAAGGACUGAAGCUCAACGACGCUCUCAGGCUCUUUCAGAAACCUCGCUCUUGUUUUUAGACACUGUUUUGUGGGUAAAGUUUCUCUCUCCUGCAGAUGAAAGGGGAGGCUGAAGCGUUUGCAGUGGAGGCCCGGGGUCGGGCUGAGGCUGAGCAAAUGGCCAAGAAGGCGGAGGCCUUCCAGCAGUACAAAGACGGAGCCAUGGUGGACAUGCUGCUGGAGAAACUGCCUCUGGUGAGAGACAUUCACUCUCGGUCUCCUCAAGUUUUCACUGUUCAGCAGAAGUUUCUUAAGGAUUGAUGACUGUUUUAACUUUUUUCCCCUAAAUCUGUUGUCCACCACUAGAUGGCAGAAGAGAUCAGCAAGCCUCUGUGUGAAGCCAACAAGGUGACCAUGGUGUGCAGCGGAGGAGGAGAGGUGGGAGCGGCCAAACUGUCCGGAGAGGUGCUGGACAUCAUGGCCCGCCUGCCUGAGACUUUGGAGAAACUGACCGGAGUCAGCAUCUCCCAGGUAACACAUUCACACCCAUACAAAGGGAUUAUUAUGGGAUAUGUGAUCUGUCGGUGUCACUUAGAAACAUUAUUUAAUUUGUACUAAAUUUUAAAUAUUCUAUUUCUACCAUGUUGGAUUCCUGUGUUUCUCCACUCUUCUUCUUAUUGUACGAAUUUUUUCCUGCAGGGAUAAAUAAAGUUUUUUCUGAUCUUAACUAGAUUUCUUCCUUUUCCCCUCUCCGCUCCUUGUGCAGGUGACCGCUAACACAGAAUAAAGAGAAUCAACCUGCUGGUGACCAGGCGAAUCCACUCUCAUUGUCCUAUCAGCUGCCUGGACUCACGGACGAGUCUGCAGACACCAUCAGCCUCUUUCCUCGUUUCUCGUCUCUCUGACAUCUCGUGUAAACCCGUCUCCCUCCUGUGGCUUUGUCUACAUCGUACUGCGUGUCUGUAUCGUGUUGAAUCUUCCUCCUCUUUUUGAAUUACUUUUCAAACUUCGGUCCCCGUCACCCAGCCUUAUCUGAAGUAUCGCAGCACUUCAGCUGUAACAGUAGACUGUGUGUGCCUGUCCUUGUCCGUCUCGACAAUCUGUCCUUUCCUACCUUCUUCUUUCCUGUCUAACUGUGUGUCCACGCGUCACUCCAAUGAAAAGGUAUUUAUGUGAAUCUUUCCACUGUCUGUUUACAUUUAACGUCUCCUCAUGAUUGCCUCUGCACUGCCUUGCUGCCAAACCGUAAGUGCAUCUUAACACUAGAGUUUUAAAAAAAGCAUACAUGCAAAACCUUCAUGCUACUAACAUGUAUCUAGUCUAAAAAUAGACGAAUCGGAUCAAACCCGCCUCCUGUGGUUUGAUUUUUCAUCCUGUUUUUCUUGCUGAAUUUAUGUUAAAUUUAUCAGCAGUGAUUAAAUUAAUCAAGUAUUUAAAAUAGGAUUAAAAAAACACAUUAACCAAAUUUAAAUACCGUCUGAAAAUAGCAUCAUUGUACUUUUUUUCUUGAUUUCUUGUCUGUACCUGCUGUCAAAUCUUAAACACCAGAGUAGAGCCCCAUUGCUCUUAUAUCUCCAUGUAUUUACUAAAUAAUAUAAGCUAAAGUUGUGGAUGUCCUCUGACCCUCAACUAAUGUUAGGAUCCAUACUGGAUUGGCUGUAUAUUUAUGUGAACCACACGCCUCCUUCACCCCCCUCAUGUUGGGAGUGAAGCCAAAAUACCACUUUGAAGGGUGCUGACAUAUUGCACUAAGGCAUACCAAGAAGUGAUUCGACUCGGGGAGCUGUGAGACUAACGUCUGCCCCCCUUCUGCUGACCAAAACCCACAUUCAACCACAAAUAUCCCUCCAGUUUGUACGAUCCACUGCAGAACAGAUGCGUGGUUAAAGAAAGUUCAGCGAUUUUUGUGUUUGUUUUCUGUCAUCGAUCUUCCUCUUCUUAAACCAGAGCUGUCCGACAGCACAUUACUGCCCUGCGCUUCAUUACCAAAUAACAAAUUAAAACUAAACUGUCAGCAAAAAUAAACAAACAUCAACUAUCACGGGAGAGCUAAUACUUGCCUGCCACCAGAGGGAGCUCUAACAGUAUCGGCUGUUGUGCUGCCCAUUAUUUAAUACAGUUAAGUGUUCACGUGUCUGAUAUAUACAAUUGUCACAUUUUGAACCAUUAUCAGGACGUUACGUUUGUCACAGUUAUUGGAUGUUUAAGUGGUGAUGAAUCAGGGAAUCCAGCUCAAUCUGCAGCGAACCUCAGAGUCAGGAUUUAAGGACUCAUGACACUGAGAGUUUGCACCUCUGUUACCUACCAUAGACUGUAUAUAGAAUAGUAUAUACAGUCUAUGUUACCUACGCUUUAGUGAAAGUGUACCUUAUGUGAUGUACCUUGUUGUGAAUUGUGUCAUAAUUGCCGGUUAUGUAGCAGCUCUAAUGAAGGUGUGGAGUAAAGUUAAGCUUUUACCUUCGACUGUAGCAGGGGAUACCUCAGUGAAGUUAUGCAUCAUUAUUGCUUAAAGACUAAUGAACCAGGUACAAACAGACAGUAAAACCGCUUUUAUGUCUUCAUCUUAUACUUUUAUAUUUUAGAAACGUGUAGGAAAUCCCACCUUGUAUCAUACAUGAGUCAUUUUACAAUUAAUUUAACACACAAACUGAGAGGUACCUCUGGUUUGUCAGCUUCUAAAAUAAGUGGUCUGAAGCCUCUAUCAACAUGCAUUAACAAAUAUACCGUAACUUUUAGCAGGAAUUUAUCGGAAGCCUAGUUGAAAGAGUUUCAGAUAACAUCAGAGUAAAUAUUCGGUCUGUUCGAAGUUACUUAUUAGCUUUCAGAAGUUUCAGGCAUAUGUAAAUUCAGCGCGACUUGACUUAUAUGCGAACCCCAUGAUACCGCCACCCUCUGACUUAUAAUAUGAAAUGUAUGUCACACUUUUCACUUGUAAUUUUAAAAGCUUGAACACUGAAGAAUCGCUACACUGAUUAUAAACAAGAAUAAUCACGAUAUGUUUAUUUAUUUGUCUGACACUGAAUUCUCUGCACUGCUAAAUAUUGUACAACCAAAUGUAUUGAAAUGCUUUCUGGGAUUAAUUUAUCGGUGUCGGUGAACUAAUAUUUGCAUGGAUUGAUCCCUGUUACACUUACACUCCAGUUUAAUCUUGCAGUUAGCUGUGCUCUAUCUAACUGUGUAAUUACCAAAGUAGAGAGAAUUAACUGUUUAUUAGCCAUAGAAAAUGAAAUGUAAUCUCUGAUCUACUGUCAUUGACUGUGUGAUGUGAAAUGGUACUAUAAAGGGGCACUACACAUAGACAUAGAUGUAUUAUAACAUACGUAUAUAUUUGAUACAGCAGCACUGCUUGCUUCACCAUUCACACCUCUACUAACUCACUCAGAGCAUCCUCUACGAGUCAUAUUUAUGUAUUUAUUGUCAAAUAAGUCGAGUUUUCUGUGUUAUUUAAACUUCUUCUGUCGUUUGCUGGUGAAUUUCUGCUAAAGUAUAUGGUAGUACUCUGCUGUAGAUUAUGUAUUAUGACAUUGCUGAGAGGAAACCACGUGUAUUCUACAGGUAUAUAGUGAAUGAUUUCUGUUUAUAACUGUGAUUUGUGCUCAUAAAUGUUUAUUUAUUUGAUUUCUCAAAGUUAUUUUCUUCAGCCUGUAAGUGCUGUUGCUUUUUUUCCUGAUUUUUACAGCUAAGUUUUUCAUCAGUAACUUCUCUCACAUGUAUGUUUGAGUCGUAAUAAAGUGUUUUCUCCACUAUUUAA